AUGCUUUUGUUUCUUCUUAGACUUACCGUGUCAAGUUUCGAAGAAGGCAAAGCAUAUUAUACAGAGAAAUUCAAAGCAAAGAGUAACUACAUGAAUUUCCUCAAGGAUUUAGAAUUUGAUGGCUUUUUCCACUUCAAAAGAAAUGAUAUUAUUGAGAUGACGGCUGAAUAUAAUGAAGAUAUCAAACCAGUUACAAACAACGUCUUUUCACUCCAUGAUCAGAAUGUUUAUUUCCUAUCAAAUCAAGGAAAACAAAUCGAAUAUAGUUUUUGGCGAAUCCCGAAAGGUAUCUGCAACGGAGAAAAUUAUUGGAUUGAAACGACCGAUACAAUAGAGGUAACAAUUGAAAAAUAUCAACAUUAUAAGCCAAUUUGCUUAUUUUCACCAAUUACUUAUUCAAUAAUUUCAGCUAAUACAUCAAAUAGCAUAGAAGUUAUCUACAGAAACGGCGAAAACGAAACUCUUAACGUUCAAAAAAUUAAUGAUUUUCAACAACCAGAAGUUUAUCCUUUUGUUUUAUACAUCCCACCAUCCAAAAGCACAUCUCUUUACAUUAAAUUUUCUGGUGAUGAUUUUUCUGAAACAAGUACAUGCAAUAUUUACACUGUUGAAAGUUUAUACGAUAAACGCCUUUCAGAUUCAUACAAGCAAAUAAAGCCAUAUACUUAUAAAUGCACGAGAAAGGCUGAAAUUAAAUUAAAUAAAGUUGCUUUAAGUUCACUAAUUACUAUUGGCGCUGCAGCAAUUUACUUCAUUCUUCACUACUCAAAUCUUAUACUCGGAUAUAUCAAUGAUGAAGAAGAACCUCAAACACCUAACCAAAAGCCUAAAGAAAAAGAAAUUCAUUCCGAUGAAAUGGAUGUACAUAUUUUGGAACCUGUUGACAAGGAUUCUCUUUAA